AUGGUAUCUUCUUUAGCAUUAUAUUCUAACGAUAUCACUAACGACAUUAAUGUUGUUCCAUUACAAAUUUCAGAAAAUGUUAAUGAAAACGUGUUUUUAAUAAUUGGCACUUGUGAUAUUAAUUAUUCCAUUAAAUUGAUUAAAAAACUUUUAAUUUCUCAUGUAAAGCCAAUCAUCAUCCAACCACGUACUAUUAAUAAUGUGAAAGAAUUAAUCAAUCAAUUCCAUAACAAAAUAGAAAUCAUAUCAAGAGAUUUCAACCUAUCUGAUUUAACCACUUUUGGCAGAAUACUAGUUAAUAAAGUCGUUGAUAAAGUCUUUAUAAAUUUAUUACCCACAUCCCCUCAAGAAUUGGAUUUAAUUAAUACUAUUUUCAAUCAAUGUAUUAAAUUAAGAAUCCCCAUCAAUACUUUAAAUUUAAAGGAAUUCUCUACAUUUAAUUUACCAUUCAAUUUUCAAGACCAAACUAAUAAUCUGCAAAUAUCUAUAGAUAAUUAUAAUUCUUCACCUUUAUCAUUACCAAUACCAAUUCAAUUAUUGAAUGAAAGAUUAUUAAGACAUUUGACUGGUUCUAUUCCUCAUGAUUUUAAAAAGAUUUAUCAAAAUGUUGCCAAUUUAUAUGAUGAAAUUUAUAAAAAUAAUUAUAACGUAUCAACUGAAACUUUAAGACAACAAUUACUUUGGUUAAAUCAAAAUGUAGAGUAUUCACCAUUAUCAAAUUUGAAAUCUCUAACUAUAACAGAUUUAACUUCAAGAUCAUUAAUUGACAUCUCUACAAGGGAUGACUCGACAGCUUUAAAGAAAAUCCCCAAUUCAAAUGGUACUUUAUCUUUAGUGGGUACUGGUCCAGGUUCAUUAUCUAUGUUGACGUUAGGUGCCAUUGAUGCAAUGAAAUCUGCUGAUUUAAUAGUUGCGGAUAAAUUAAUACCCCAAGAGAUUCUAUCAAUCGUACCAUCAGAUAUAGAUAUUUUCACCGCCAAAAAAUUCCCUGGUAAUGCUAAUAAUGCUCAAGUAGAAAUUAAUCAAAUCAUUUUAAAUAAUUUAGAACAAGGUAAACAUGUAGUAAGGUUAAAGCAAGGUGAUCCAUAUGUGUUUGGUCGUGGUGGUGAAGAAUUUUUAAAAUUCCAUAAAUUAGGUUAUUCAAUUAAUGUAGUAUCAGGUAUUACAUCCCCCUUGGCAUGUACAUUAGUCAGUGAUAUUCCUGCUACUAUGAGAAAUUAUAGUGAUUCCAUAUUGAUUUGCACGGGGACAGGUCAAAAUGGUACUAUUCCGGAUAUACCAGAAUAUAAUGCCAAGAGAACCACUAUAUUCCUAAUGUGCAUACAUAGAAUAGAAGACCUGUAUAAAGGUUUGAAUCAAAAAGGUUGGGAUGAUCUGAUAGAUGUGGCUAUCGUAGAACGAGCCUCUUGUACUGAUCAAAGAAUUACUAGAACAAAAUUGAAAUAUGUAGUUCAAACAAUAAAGGAAAUUGGUUCAAGACCACCAGGAUUAAUUAUCAUGGGUAAAGUUGUUAAUGUUUUGGUUAAAGAAAAAGAUCAAAAAUAUAUCCAAUUUAAUGAUGAUUGGAAGUAUUGGGUUAAAGAAGGUUGUGAUAGUGCAUCCAAUAAUUUCAUAGAUGAAAACUCAGUUAAGCAGUGGUUAGAAAGUAUGACUUUGUAA